CUUCUAAUGGUCAGCGAUUACCCCCCCAUCCAUGUUUACACCGCUCCGGCUCUUUAUUUGCACAUGACAAUAAGUUAUCCAGCAGCAUGCAGAGCUGAUCGUAUUUGGUGUAGAGGUCUGUGACUCGCGGUUGGAGAAAAGCUGGGAUGGCCUCUAAACUAUUCGACAGACUUCGCCGUACACUGUUCAAAGAAGGGGAGCUUCCUUCGGAGACGGACGGUCACGGAGCAGAGGACUUUCCAGAGAGUUCUGAGCUUGAGGACGACACGGACUGCGUGUCGGCAAGACUCGGAGGAACCCUGUGCUUUGAGGGGGAAGGGGUCCUGGACUCUGAGGAUGCAGGAGACGCGUCGGGGCCAGACAGCGACUCUGACUUCUUUGGAGAGUCUGUAGAUAAUGCAUGUAGCAGCACAGAGACCAGCCCUAUAGGGCCUUCCCCAAAAACCUCGAACAUGAUCACCAGACAACGGCAAGAAAACUGGCGGAGCUCAAGAACUCGUUGCAUUCCUGAAAAACUCAUUUUUGAGGUGAUUGAUGCCAGUGUUGUCCAUGAAACAAAUUCCAAGUAUGUGUUUUGUGUGCCUCGCGCCUCGGACUCCUGCAGCUCUCCUCCUCCGCACGCGCUUCCAGCAGAGCGCACUGUGUGUCGCAGCUCGAGAGCAUGCCGGAUGCUUGACCACAACAUGCACAGAGAUGUAUGCCACCAUUCCUGGAAACAAAUUCUUCGAAAUGUGGUGGGUCACUGUCCGGCGAAGCUGACGGUCGUGCCGUCCAGUCGGGGAUGUGUUUCUGAUAAAGACUGCUCUGGAGGACACAAAUGCUGUGUCUUUGACUGCGGGGCUGUGUGUGUGCCACCUGCUUUCACAAAGCCAGGAGUGUCCACACAGAACAUUUGGAGCAGGAAUGUGUGCUGAGUUCUGUCAAUGACAGUGACUGUCCGAACAAUGAGAAAUGCUGCAGCAAUGGAUGUGGACAUGAAUGUAUGGCUCCAUAUACAGUGAAGCCUGGUCGAUGUGCUCUACCGAAGGGGAUGCAUGCAGUGAACCGUGCUGAUUUAACCAUCGGAAAGAGUCUUUGGUGGAUUAAUUUUGCAUAAUAAUACAUACUUUUUUUUGCCAUUUAGUGCUUUAUUCAUAGGGGUUGUUUUCCUCAUUUAUAACCACCGAAUAAACCUCAUAGUUUCAGUAAACCUUCCAGUGGUUGUGUA